GUGAUCUGUUGGUUCCCUGCAACACAUCACUCACUGCUAAGCCUGUGUAAGAAAGAGAGGGCAGGCUGAAGAGCAGCUAGAGAGGCUCACGCAGCCUUUGGCACGCCGGUGUUUCAGCGAACCUGCAUCCAGCUGAAGAAAGAUACCGCCUACUUGAACACAGACCCGAAGUUCCAGAAGAGGCAGAAACCAAGAAGAAUUAUACCGCGUUGCUCUUGUAGCAAAUUUAUUGUAUUUUGUUUAUAUUUAUGUUUUUUUUUGUUGGUUCUUCUGGUUUUUGCGAUUGCACUACCCUGCUGACUGAGAAGGAUGUCUGAGUUUUAAUUCGCUUUGCAACACGACUUGAAUGCUUCGCUGCCGUGUGGAUUGAGAUGCUGAAGAGAUGGAGCUGAGCUGCAGAGAAGUGCCCCUCUAUGGGCAGGUGACAGCCUACGCAGUGUUGGAGACAACGGCUCCUCUGCCAGAGGAGGCUGAGUGCUAUUUGGUGUAUGAGGGUUCCAGCCAGGACCACAUCACAGAGGCACAGAUACAUUGUGAUGGAAACACAAGCACUCUUCAUUUUGUUGUUCCAGGUCAUAACCAGUUGGAAAACGUGUCUGUUACUGCCUACAUUUACAUGACAGGUCACCCCAUCGCUGUCCUGGCCAGAAGCUCUGUCACGUACAUUCCGGAUAAAGCACAUGAGCUAGCCCGAUUCCUGGUGGAUCACUCUCACUGUCUAACUGCCAGUAGCCACCUAACCCUACUGAAGAGAUUUGGACUGAGUGGAGAAGCCAGAGGCACUGUCGAUGACAAGACCACGCUAACCUUGGCUCACCUGGAGUUCCCCUAUUCAUGGAACGUCCUGGGAAGCCAAGCUGGAGAAGAGCUCAGGCCCAGGGAGUCCUUACUUCAUCUGUCGGUGCGGUUAGGCCUGUUUAAUCUCUCUCAGUUUCUGCUGUGCCAGCCUGGCGGCCUGAUAGCUUUGUCUUUACCUAACGAGGACGGAGCCACUCCAGAGCAGCUGGCAAUUCAGACUGGGAACCAAGCGCUUGUGGAGCUGCUGAGAAAUCCCCCGAAUCCCCUGGUCACUGCCUUGGCUGGUAUUUCUGAGAUCCAGGCUGACAGUGGCAGGCUAUUGAAGUUCUUUCAUUUAUCGGAGGCCUUGACGCUCACCGUCACGCAUGGCACAGAGUGGACACUGGAGGCACACAUUCAGCUCCUGAGGAAGCAUUUAAAGGACAACAACUUCCUAAUAGAGGUUACAUCCCUUAAAAUAAACGGACUGGAUGGCAGGUCACAAAUGGAAUAUACUGAAGGCACUGCUGACAAAGGCUCUUCCAAAGAUCUCUGUGGGGGAGCCCAUACUCUAUUAGAUAAUGUUUUUGAAGAACAGUUGGUGCUAUCAGUGGAUGAAGAGGAUGUGGACCAUGCACAGCUAAAUACAGAGAAAGUCCAUUCCUCACAAGAGGCUUUCCAGAAAGCCCGCGCUCAGCCCACCUUCCACGCGGCUGCCAGACUCUCCGCCAUGCUGAGCGGGAACGACGAGAUCUACGCAAACGCCAUGCUUGUGGAUCAUGUUGAUGACAUGGAUAUAAAGUACAGCAUUGAUGGGACCACCACUGAAAGCACAUCAACAGACAGCUCUAGCCAGGAUCUGAGUUGGGGCAUUCGCUCCGACACUGGCUCCCUGAUUGCAGGCCCACCUGCCUCUAAUCAUAUGUCUGAAUGCUGCAAUGAUAAAAAGGACACCACAAGCAACACAGCCGACACAGAGCAGUUGCGCACAAUCUCAGCUGCCAAUUUGGCUCUUGCAAGACUGAAUCAGCCACAGUGGCCCCUGGGAUUUAAUAAAGGAGGAGGUCCACCAGAUAGCAAGAUGAGCGAACAGAGUCCCAGUCUGGACGGUCUCGAUGUGGACAGUGAAGAGGAGGAUCAUUCGGACAAGUCUCCUCUGUCCAACCUUUCAUCUGCAGCCCCUCUGCAAGUGAGCAGCGGUGAUGAACAGGACUCCUUCAACACGUCUCCAGAGCUGUCUGACGACAGAAUGAGAUCCAGUUCUGCAUACAUCACUGCUAACUCAAAGGAACCGGUGGAUUCUGGAGUCCGGCUGCGUUCGUAUUCCUAUUCCUCCCCCAAGAUUACCCUGGCCAGACCUCGCUUCAUUCGGGAUUCAGGGAUCUCCCAUCUGAGUGAAGAUGGUGUGUUCAACAGCGGCCGGUCCCUUCUGCAGGCUCUCUCUCUGUCUAAAUCAGUGUCUCUGCUCCACCCUGGUAAGCAGCGUGCUUACAGCUUGCCAGAGCAGCCCAGAGAGAAAAGGGAGUUAAAUUUCCGUAAAAGGGCUCAGUCAGCAGAGGAGGAGGGCAGUCCGGAGCUGGCAGAGUCCCUGCAGCACCUCACUCUCUCGGAGUUCCUCAAGGAAAUUGAAGAGGAGGAGUGGGAUAAAUACAUUAUCCCAUCCAAAUGUGAAUCGGAGAAAUUCAAAGUUAGUCGCACUAUCAGCUUCUUGAAAAGCAGGAUGUCUAGCACAAGGAACAAGAACAAGGGGAAAAAUAAGGACAAAGAAGGAAAGGACAAGUUGGUCAAUGGACACCAGUUCAUAACGGGAUCGUGUUCAGGACUGACGUUGUGUUUGGUCUGCGACAAGCCUGCCAUUGGGAAAGAGCUCUUGCAGUGUUUCAACUGUACGAUCAGUGUCCAUAAAGGCUGCAGAGAUUCUACGACACCAUGUCUCAAGCAGAAACUGGAUAAACACACAGUGGCAGCCAAGAACAAGCCGGCAUCUUCCCCACAGUCUUCGGCUGUCAGAGAAAUCCCAUCUCCAGCUUUCCCAGCGAUCAACACGUCUUCAUCCCUCCCUGUGGGGACAUCGUGGGAUGGUAGACGAGACCCCUCCCUCCAGGGCCCCCACAUCUCCAAGAGCAUGUCAGCUGUCAGCAUGGAGCGGAGGCUGAACGAGGAGAUGGAUUCGGAUGGGGACAGUGCCAGUUGGAGGAGCCAAUCCCAUUCUGAGGAGACACUUCAGUUGAUGGGGACUUCACCCUCCACUGAUUCAUAUGCAACAGAUGACACCGUUGAUGCCCCCUUGCGAAGUGACCUCGGUGUAGACUCAGCGGAGUACGAAGCAGAGUCCUGGAGUCUGGCCGUGGACCAGAAGUUCUGCAGCAAGCAGGAAAAACAUGUGAUUAAAAGGCAGGACGUUAUUUAUGAACUGAUGCAAACAGAAAUGCACCACAUCCAGACUCUGCUGAUCAUGUCGGAGGUCUUUAGAAAAGGCAUGAAGGAGGAGGUGCAGCUGGAUCCCAGCACUGUGGCCAAGAUCUUCCCCUGCCUGGACGAGCUGCUCCACAUGCACAGCAGCUUCUUCGGGGCCAUGAAAGGGCGGCGGCAAGACUGCGCCCAGGAGGACAGUGACAGGAACUUCCUCAUCCACCGCAUUGGGGACGUCCUGGUGCACCAAUUUUCAGAAGAAAAUGCAAUGAGGAUGAAACAAGUAUAUGGAGAAUUUUGCAGUCGUCACAUUGAGGCGGUUAACCUCUUCAAAGAGCUGCAACAGCAAAAUAAGAAAUUCCAAGCCUUUAUCAAACAACAAAGUAACAACUUCCUGGCUCGGCGUCGAGAGGUUCCAGAGUGCAUCCUGCUGGUCACGCAGCGCAUCACCAAGUACCCGGUCCUGCUGGAGCGGAUCCUGCAGUACUCCAAGGAAGGCAAAGAGGAGCAUGCAGAUCUGACCAGAGCACUGGGACUGAUCAAGGAUAUCAUAGCGGCGGUGGACCUGAAGGUCAGCGAGUACGAGAAGGAGCAGAAGCUGCUGGAGAUCCUGAACAGGAUCGAGAACAAGACGUUUGCCAAGCUGAAGAACGGAAACUCGUUCCGGAAGCAGGACCUGAGGAGCAGGGACCGCACUCUGCAGCAUGAGGGGCUGGUCUACUGGAAAACAGCCACCGGGAGACUGAAAGAUGUCAUGGCUCUACUUCUGACUGACGUUCUAAUAUUCCUGCAGGAGAAAGACCAAAGAUACGUCUUUGCUGCUGUGGAUCAGAAACCUCCAGUUAUCUCUCUACAGAAGCUAAUAGUGAGAGAAGUAGCCAACGAGGAGCGAGGGAUGUUUCUGAUCAGCGCUUCGUCUGCAGGGCCAGAGAUGUAUGAGAUUCAUACGGCUUCCAAAGAGGAGCGCAACAGCUGGAUGAGACACAUUCGAGAAGCAGUGGAGAGCUGUCCAGAGGAGGAGGAGGAGCGGACGAGUGAGACCGAGGAGGACAGGCGGAUCGCUGAGGCCAGGGCACAGAAGAUCCUUAAACUCCAGGAGACCCUCAGCAGCCAGGACCAGCAGAUCUGCAACAGUUUGGAAGACAAACUGAGGAUCUAUGCAGAGCUCACAGGCAUGAGCAUCCCCCAGGAGUCCGUGCCGGAGCCACACUUACUGAUCAGACCAGACCCAGAGGAUGUGCCUCAGGCUGCCAUGCUUUUAACAGCAGCACUCAGAGAGGCUGAAAAACUCACUGCUACUCUGACAUCACAGCCCUGUGGUUCUAGUAGCCAAUCACAGGAGAGUCUUGGUGAGCCCAGUUCACCAAUGAAACUCAAAGCCUUUGGAAGUUUCAGUAGUAUUCCUGAAUCUCCAACUGAGUCUGAUUACUUGAACACACAGAGUUCUAGUUCUGUAUCCCUGUCAUCAGACUCUGAAAUAAGGGAAGGGGAAUGGUCUGGAGCUUAUUCGUACAUCUUACAAUCCCUCAGCGAAUUGAAGAGAAUUGACUCCAACAAUACCAGCAUCAAGAACGUCUCUCGCACUGAAGUGGCUCAGAGUGUGCAGAGCUUGACACAACUCCUGUACAGCUUGCAGGCGGCCGUGACGAUUCAGGACAGCUGCUUCGAGGUCCAGAAGCUGCUCCUCCUGGAGAGCGAGCGUAUGCCCCGCCUCCCCGGUUCCCGCGGCAACCUCCUCCAGGAGCAGGAGAAGCAGCGCAAUGUGGAAAAGCAGCGUGAGGAGCUGGCCGGCGUGCAGCGGCUGAAGAGCCAGAUGAGACUGGAGCAGCAGCGCUGGGAGCGCGAGUGCGACCACCGGCAGCGCCAGCAGAGGGAGCAGGAGAGCCGGCUGGAGCAGCGAGAGCGAGAGUGCCACCUGCAAGCCGAGCGGCUGCAGCACGAGCGCGAGGAGCUCGAGAGCCAGCUGCAGGAAUACCAGCACAACCUGGAGCGGCUGCGCGAGGGCCAGAGGCUGGUGGAGAAGGAGAGGGAGAAGCUGGACAGCUGGAAGCACGGCCGUCAGAGCAGCCUGCCUGUGAUGUUUCCAGUGGACAGCAAGCAGGUGACCAGUCACUGCCGCUCAGGAAGCUUUGAAGGGGACGGUUCUGUUUUUGUGAAUGAGGCUGCCUUGCAGAUGUCCCUUAACAACCACCACCGCUCCAGUUCCUUUGUGUACCCGGACACCCCCACUGCGCACAACAGUUUAAACUCUCUGAUUGCACGGACUAGCGAGAACCAGACCAAUCAGAGGACUGACUUUCCGUACCAUCCACUGGCCUCCACCAAUCAGAACUGGAGACCGCACAGCACCCAGCAGCAGAUUCCAGCCGCUGUUGCCUGGGGACACAGAGACAGAGCCAACAACGAAACCAACACACACUGUUCUAACACGGACAAAGCUUCUGUUGGGCAAGGCCAAAGUGCAUCAAGCCCAUAUCAAGGAUAUUCCCAGUCCCUGCCACUGCAUCUCCUGAUUGAGCCCCAGAACUAUAUCUCCCUGCAGCCUGAGAAUGGACAGGACGGGAGUGAAGAGAACAUUGUCUACCUCUGAGUGCCUCUGCAAUAGAGCAGCGCUGCCCAGAGGAAAACAACCGGAAGCAUUUCCACAUGUGCUCUGUCUUAUGGAAGUCUCUGGUCAUUGUGUAAAAAGUAUACACGUAGAACCUGUUUAUGUACAUAUAUAAAUAUAGCAUAUAUAUAUAUGUGUGUGUGUGUUGUAAACACCUGUUAUUAGUACUUAAACUGUAAAACAGCACGUGAAUAAGUAACUAAAUGUUUUUUGUUAUAAUAAACUUUAUUGCUUCAGUGAGCAAGUGGAAGAUCAGUGGGUGCCUUAACAGCUGUGCAACACUUUGUCUAGUAAACCUGUUUUUUAUUUUUUAAUUAAAAAAAAAAAAAGAUAACUAUCACGCCUUCAUAUUCAAAACACCUACUUAAACUUAUUCAAUUGCACAUGAUGUCUUUCGUUCUGUUCACCAGGCAACGUGAAUCUCUUGCAGUCCUUCCUGUAUGUCAGUGUUUGAUAUCGCUAAUAGCUCCAGUUGUGUUCCUCAGUGUAAUGUUGUUGAAGCUGACACCCUGGGAUCCUUCAAGAAGCUGCUUGAUGAGAUUCUGGGAUCAAUAAGCUACUAACAACCAAACGAGCAAGAUGGGCUGAAUGGGCUCCUCUCGUUUGUAAACUUUCUUAUGUUCUUAUGUUCUUAUGUCUCUCACUCUAAACCCCUUUCUUACUCUACUAUCACUUCUGUGUCAUGCUUUUCAAAUAGCCUGCCUAUUUUGCCAAGCGUCACUUUUUCAGUUGCCAUUACCACUAAGCUUUUGAUUCUGCCCUUAAGUUCACUCCGUUCAAUCAGGUUGCUUGAUCUCCCUCCCAUACUAACUAUUUAUUGUGGUUGUUACAAAUGAUCAAACCAACCUGUACCUGGAAGUGGCUGGAGAAAAGCAGCACAUUACAUACCAGACCAUUAUACCAGUCCCAUUUAUACGAUUUAUGGAAGCGAAGGAAUACACUAAUCUCUGCUGUUCAGCUUUGUUUGCACUAAAGUGUAAUUCCUGUGUAUGUACAGUAGCAGUACUGUAAAUGGUGGUGUUUUCAGUACAGAGUGUUUUUUGUAAUGCAGUUUUUGCCAUAUGCUUUGUUGAACCCAUUCCCAUUUCUUCUGAUUCCAGACAGAGCAGUUAAACUGCAGUGAUUCGGCCACAAUUAACAGCAGGCUGCAACUCAGAUUCACAGUGACUCACAAUUGCAGUUUAAACAGUUGCUUUGCACUACAGUUCCCUACACAUUUUAAUCUACUUAUGUACUGCAGCAUUUUGUCAUGUGUGCUAGCUUGUUUUUGUCUGCUUAUGUAUUUACUGCCAAUCCUGAAUUCCUCUGAUCAUGUAGCUCUGUAAAGCACCCCCAAAGAUAGCCCUUGUUUUUUUCCUGCAAAGGGAGAGGGUAAAACAAGUCUGUUCUCUUGUUGUUCCUUUAUCUAUCUUAAUUCCUGCUACACAAACAAACAAACAAAUGUAAAUACCGUAAUUGUUAGUAUAUAUUGUGCACUUUUCUGGGGCUUGUAUAAAUCCUCAAUUGCAGGAAUAGUACAAAUGUGCACUAUACGGAGCCAUCACAAGUGAUUGUGUGUUAUACAGCACUGUACAAUAAGCAGAGAAGUUGUUUCAUGACAUGUAAAUGCUAUACGCAGGUGCUUGCGAUUUACCAAAUUGUACGGUAUUCAUGUCUCCUUUUUGUGGCUAAAGCAAUAUGCAAAUCUACUCCUGUGCUUCGUUGUUCUACAAGCUUGGUCAGUGGUGUGCAGAACAACAAAGUAAACAAAUGACUGGGUAGCUUCUGCUCCGAAAUCUGAAAUGUUCCUUGUGUUUCUUGAAAUGCACUAGGUCUGUUACGAACAGUAUCAUUUUCUGUAUUUAUUACUGUGUGCACUUUGCUUUGUAUAUUUGUGGAAUAUCUGAAAUGUACCAGUUUAAUUGUUUUUGUAUCCGGUGUCUUGGCGUCUUGACAUCUCUGUUGAGUAAAUGCAUGCUAGUUUUCCUGUAAGUCUCUCAACAACAACAAAAAAAACGCCCAUCCCUUGCAUUCACAUGUGCCUUAUUGUGUCUAGAUUGUAAUCCAUUGACUUUUUGCCAUGUUCUACCAGCAGUGUAAAUUGGCCACACUUAGUUAUCCACUUUUUCUGUAACAUCAUACAGUACAGUAUAUAAACCCUGUGUAAACUGAGAUUUCUAUUGUUUUGUUCAUACACUUUCAAUCAGAACAGCAACUCAAAUAAAACCCGGUUUUAUCACGUUAAGCUAUUACAUUUUGGAACAUUCUGUAUUCGUGUAACACCCAGGAAUAAAGCAGCAUGAUGACGAAUGAUCUCUCAGUCGGAUGUGCAGGUAGUUCAUGUGAAUUACUCAUGGGUUUUCUGGGUUUUCUGGGACACUCAAAUGCAAAUACAUAAAGGUCCUGCUUGCUGACAUUGCCACGGCAACUGGCUGGGAAGGCAAGUUUAAUAAAAUCUGAACAGACGUUGAA